AUGGAUCAUGCCAUGUCCACCACCGGCCCUCAUCCUCAGAAGAGCCGCCGCCGCUCCAAAACGGGCUGCCACACAUGCCGCAUCAAAAAGGUCAAAUGCGACGAAGCCCGGCCCCGCUGCGAGCGCUGCGUCCGUCUAAGACGGCUCUGCGACUACGAGCCCAAGAUGAAGCACAACGACCUCCUGGCCAUAUCCCGGGGCUACAUGCGGGCCCUCGAGAGCUCUAAGGCACUGCCGACGUGGGCUCGGCGCGCAGCGCUGACGAGGGCUCUGGCGCUUCCUAUGUGUACUCGGCUUCCUGCGUUCCCUGGUAGUGCCAGUUCGCUGAAUCUCACUUUGGCCGACCAUGAGGCGAUUCGGUAUUUUCGGACUACGUUUGCGAGGAUCCAUCAUACCAAGAAUCCGGAUUACUCGCUCUUUUCCAUCAUAUUCACUCUGGCCCAAGAUGAGCCCAUGGUCAUGCAUGCGUUACUCGCUCUUGGGGGUCAUGAGAUUGAGUUCCGGCGACACAGCGCUUCAGAUGGAUCUGAAGACGGCUCUUCUCAGCCGGUAGAGCGGGAUCGUAAUAAAUGGACGCCGCUUCAACAUUAUUCGGCUGCCCUAGGCCUCCUGGCCGAUGUCAUCGGAAAUGCAGACGACGGCCGGCAGCUGGAGCUGGAUCCCAUCUGCGCAGUGCUCUACCUGAUGCUUGUUUACGAGCAGAAGUACGGGAACGGGUCAUGCUCCGGCCUGUCAAACCACCUUGCCGGAGGGGCCUUGAUCGUGAAGCACUGCUGUCAGCGCCUAUCCGAGCAAAUAGCCAAGCGUGGAUGGCAAGGUACGCCAGUUUUGGCUCGAAUGCAGGCGCCGCAAAGUCAUCAGCCGCAAGAGCCUGCUUUCUCGCUCUUCGUAAUCAGGCUUCUUGUCUGGAUUGCUCUCUGCGAUGCCACAGCCGCCACCUUUGGACUUGGCGGCCAGUUCAACAGCGAGCUGAAAGACAUCAUGGCCCCAGACGAUGCGUCGUCCAUUUCGGGGUUUGACGUGCUGCACAGAUACUCAAACUCGUUGUACCGCUCAAUGUGGGGGGAUGGGUAUCCUCAGGUCGAACUGUUGGACGACGUGGAGAAUCGUGACAUCUUCGCCUUUCUGUGCGCGUCCAUGCAGCUCCGGAGCAUGGUGGCUGAUAUUUCGAAACUUGGUGCAGAUGAGCUCCAGCUGCGAUUACCAGCCGUUGAGUCGGCUUUCAGGCAGGUAGAUCUGCGAUACGGGGAGUUGCUUGAGGUGGCGUCGGAUAUAUCACCAUCGACGGAUAACUCGCACCGUCUUGUGGCCAAUAUCCGUGCAUUCGUCCCGAUAUAUCAUGCUGCCAAGCUCGAUUUCUUGCGCGUGAUCCGGAGAUAUGAGACAACGGCGACGAUGGACAUCGUACCUGAGGCUCAUAUAACAGCCAUCAUCGAUCUGGCCAUCCAAGCUGAUAAGCACCAGGGAGUUGAAGGCACAAUCAGAGUCGCAUGGCCGCUCUUUGUCGUGGCUCUUGAGACCAACAGCGUGGUCCAUCAACGUUGGAUCCUCAGUCGAUUUCAGGCCAUGAGCAGCUACAGCAAGAAUCUUGAGCGUGCCCACAGCUUUCUCAAAGAAUAUCUGGCUAUGCCGCACGAGACGAGGGAAGAUGAGCAGAAUUUUCGUCUGGCAAACGGGGAGAUGUUUGUGAUAUAA